AUGAGCGGUGAGUUGGCGUAUCGCCCUACUCAGCUGUCCCCUGUCCAGGGUGUGUCUUACUACAGAGCACCUCCUAAUACUUCGGCAGUGCACUGGACGUGCGAGCAUGUACUCUUUCACAUAGCAACCGGCUGCUUAGCCUACCAGCAUUCAGGGUCUGGAGCCAGCAAUUACCUCAGGCGCCGCCUUGCCUAUUGUGUCAUCCGCUUCCUGCACCUUAAUCGUGAUGCUUCCAUCCUCAUUCGCCAGAAGACCCCGGACCACGACCUCCAUCCUCAUGUUGGACACAGGGUUGGCAAGGCUACCUCACAGCAGCGGCAGAAACGGAAACGCCUGGCGGCUUUGGACAGGGCUCCCACGCCCAUGAUCUCCCGAAUCUUGCCCGUCUCGUCAUCCCUUCAGCUUGGGUUCACUGUUCAGGCCACACGGCACACCAAGCUUGCUACUCGGACCUGGUGCUCCCAAGCAACCACGCCCCCGGAGGCAUACACAAUACACAAGACAACAGCAUUCCUUGGUGACCUCGAGAUGGCCUCCCAAUGGCCCGCAUCAGUGACAUGCACAGAAGGUCAAAACGUCAGGGCUGCAGGAAUCACAAGCCCAGCAAUGACCAACCAACGGGGCCGGCCCUGGGCUGAAGACGUGGGAUCGGCUGGGAUCAGCUGGGCUUUGACUAGGGUCCGACAAGGGGGCAUCGGCAGCUCGCAGGGCUUCACCUCCAUCUCCGCCAUCGCGACUGGCCAGAGCUCUCGGCCGCUCUGCCUCAAGUUCUCAACUCUCUCAGCCAAGCCUAGGGCAGUCCCUCGCUUUCCCCCGCCCAUCGGCCCAGGUCUAGCGGGCGCUGAGACACUGUUCUUGCGGCGCUGGCACAGCUGGCUUACAGAGCAUCCUGUUUCGGAAGGCAAGUGGAUACACUGUAAGCACAGAUGGAGCUUGGUGCGUGGUAAUAGCUCGGGAGCUCAACAGAGUUCGAGUCUUGCCCCGGUUGUCCAUGUCGACUCCCUGAUAGUGAUCCAUCCAGCUGGUCUAGGCCUGGGUCUUGGCUUACCUGGCUUGACUGGCUGGCGAACAGACGGGCGAAUGGCAGCUUGCCCUGUGAUCAAUGGCGACGCCAACAUCAGCGGCGCUGGUCAAGCAUUUGAAUGA